UGCGUACGGGAAGACCACUCCCACGUCUGCGACUGAUCCCGAAGUCAAACGACUUCGCGAGCACUUGCGAGUAUUUCGUACAACCUUACGCCCCGGUGCGUACCUGGUGGACUCGAUCCCGUGGCUCAAAUACCUUCCUUGGUAUGGCCGAGAAUUGAAACGGGGGUUUCACGAAAGUGAACAGCUCCACACCGCUCGGCUAAAUCGCGUGAAACACGAAAUGGAGAACAAUGUGGACUUUGAUCCUUCAUUUACAAAACAUAUGCUACAAGAUCUCCAACUACACGGUUUGUCGGAGAUAGAGAUGGCCUUUCUUGCUGGCAGCUUAUCUGCAGCUGGACGUGAUUCGACUACUUUGGCAAUAUGCACAGUACUCAUGGCAGCCGCAAUGUUUCCCGAGGAGCAAGCGAAAGUCCAGGCCGAGCUUGAUGCGAUCGUAGGAAGGCAACGAGCACCGACCUUCGCUGACGGACAGUCCCUUCCUCAAUUGCACGCCUUCAUCUUUGAGGCUUUGAGAUGGAGACCAAUGUUUCCCAGCGGAAUUGCUCAUCGAUCGACUAAGGAUGUGCUUUGGGCAUGUAUCUUUCGAACUACUUAUUGUGCGAAUGAUAAUCUGGCCCAUCAGGGAAACUAUUGCAUUCCAGCUGGAACUACUGUAGUCGGCAAUCACUGGUCCAUCUCUCGAGAUCCCGACGUCUUCCCCGAACCUCAUGCGUUCAAACCUGAGCGUUGGAUCAAUGACCAAGGUCUCUGUAGGGACGAUCUAAAAUUAUUCUUCCUCUUUGGGUUUGGUCGGCGUGUAUGUCCCGGUCGACAUGUGGCGAACAGAUCGAUAUUCAUAAACUCGCUCCUUAUUCUUUGGGCCUUCCAGGUGACUCUGGAUCCUACGAAGCCACUAGAUGACAUGGGGUUCAUGAGCGGAAAUAUUCGAUCAUGUCCUAUUGAUUUUAAGACGAGGGUUCCAGAGACGGACCUCAGGCGCAUGAUGCAGGUUUAUCCCGAAGUCGCCUGA